ACACACGCGCUCUCAUUUAUUUUUAUGUUAUUUAUUACUGUUAUUUUGAAAUCCGUCUGAACGCAGAGGCUGCUGUUUGAAAGACAAAAUGGAUCACUUUGCAGCAGAGUGCCUUGUUUCAAUGUCCAGCCGCGCAGUUGUCCACGCUCCUAAAGGGAAUAGAGAGAUUAAACCAGAAACCCCGUCCUCCUCCAGGAACGGAGAGGAGAUGAAGGAGCCUCUGGUGAAAGAUAACUCCUCACUGUUUGUGGUGGCGCGGAUUCUGGCGGAUUUUAACCAGCAGACUCCCAACAUUGUUGCCGAGCAGGCAAAAAUAAAGGAUGAGAACAUGCCGAACCUCAUGGAUGAUGAUGACGAUGAUGAUGGAAACUCUGCCACACCUACCACCAUCUCCGAUCCUGCGCUCAAACAAAGAGGCAAAAGAUCGAGAGGUCGAACAGAGCAAGAAUCACCUCAGAAAAAGCACAAAUGCCACUAUUCAGGUUGUGAAAAAGUUUAUGGCAAAUCAUCCCACCUCAAAGCUCAUCUAAGGACACACACAGGAGAACGGCCUUUCCCAUGUACCUGGCCAGACUGCAGUAAGAAAUUUGCUCGCUCGGACGAGCUGGCCCGUCAUUACCGCACCCACACGGGGGAGAAGAAGUUCGGCUGUCCGCUUUGCGACAAACGCUUCAUGCGCAGCGACCACCUGAUGAAGCACGCCAGGCGCCACUCCGAUUUCCAACCUGGCAUGCUGAAACGGCCUCAUGGCGGCAGCAGUGGCACCACACGUCCCAGCUCCCUCAGCGACUACAGCCGCUCAGAUGCCUCCAGCCCCACCCUCAGCCCCACCCUCAGCCCAGCCAACUCGCCUUAAACUGAAAACCAGUCGCACUUUCGGCCUCUGACCUGUGAGGCCUGCGUUUUCAUCCUAACACUUGUGUUGCACAGUUGUCAGCAAACCCCCUUUGCUAUUCCUGCGCUUGCUGUGGUGUACCAUACUGUACAUAACUGCUUAUUGUAGUGCAAUUACUCGUGUGAUUCUAAAAGAAGGUAAUGCCUUUCCCAGAUGGCAAUAUUUACAGUCUGUACCAUAUGUCUGUAUUUUUAGCGUCAAAUGAUGGCUAGUUGUCCAAUGUACAUCCGCAGUCAGCUCAACAAGGUGCGGGAGAAAAAAGAAAACCGACGUCCUGACAGGUCUUAUCAUGUUUUUGUUGUUGUUUGUUUUUUUUUCCUUUGUUUUUUGAACAGGUGAGAAGAAGGGGUACACACACAUACACCUCAGGAUCGAAGACAGUUGCUAUUCUGUAGUACCACAGUACUUCACAGUACUCACAUUGACUGCACAAUAUACUCAUCACUUUACUCUGAAAUUCAACAGUGGUUGGAUUUUACGCCCUGCUCAGGGAUGGCCUUGUUAGCUUGAAAGAAUGAACACAGUAAAGAGAAACACACAGUACAUCUACAGCAGCCUUACACUCAACACAAUUUGCACUCUAUUUUUUUGUUUUGUUUUCACAUUCAAGGAAAUGAACACAACGUUUAUGUUCUGGUCUCCCUCGUGUUCUUGGGGAUUCAUAUGAAAUGUAAAUGCUGUGUCAUCAAACCCCCACCUUAGUUAAAGAAACCACAUCUGUUACUCCUCGUCAGUGUUCAUGGUCAGGUGCCAUUGCACUGGGUUUAAUAUAAGUUUUAUUUCAACAGCGUUGUGCAGUAUAUACUGUGCAAAUCUGCACUGUAGUAGAAUCAAGAACCGUUUCUUUUUUUUAUUAUUAUUAUUGAUAUACUUCAGUAUAUCAAUAAAAGCUUUAGUUAAGUUUCAAAGCAGCUGUCAAUUCACCUUUUCCUGUAUAAAAGUGCUUUGUCAUCAGCCAGUAUUUUACACAAAAUGGACACAGAGGGACUGAAACAAUAUUUGUCCCUCCCUUAAGCACACAGGAAAAAGAACCAAAGACAAGAGUGAAAGAAAGCUUUCUACUCAGUCUUGUAAGCCGCCCUUCAUCGAGGCCUGGGGCUUGUGGUUGGCAGUAUCACAGGUAGAACCAGAUAGCCAGCUCACACCCCUCCUCCUGGCUUUGACUUUUGUGGCCUCUCUGGAGGAAACAGCUGCAUCCCACAAGAAGCCAUUCACAGCCUGCAAGGAGGAGAGCUAACGCGGGCAUUUUCAGGGGGUCGUCCCUCAGCCACCUGGCUCUACCUGUCCCCUAUCAGAGAGGAGAGGUGCUCCAAGUCUGCGGAGGCCGGGCAUAGGGUUGCCUCACCUCAGAGGUCAAAUGUAGGCCAGGGUCAGGCAGAGUCAGGCUGGGCUGCAAAGUGGUGGAGCACAGACCGAACAAAGCAGAUAUCUGCAAUAGACAGACAAGAGAGGGCAAGUCCUGAUAAAUGAGGAGAGGUUUAUCGUGAGCUGAAAAGCAUAGGGGAGGAGACACCCAGUUGCAGACCUCCCCAUAUCCUCCUCCCCCUCCUUCUCCCUCCCUCCAACUGUAGGAACUGUGAGAAUUGCUGUGUUUAUGAAAAACAGUACUACCUAGAUUUCCACCUCCAUCCUAAGCACAGGUAGUAAACCCUCUAAGUCCUUCCUAAGAGUCAGAUAUCACCAUGUUAAAAAUUCAUACCAAUGAACCCGAGUUCCCCAACAGCUGCUUUCAAACUUCUCUCUCGCAACAAGGGGGCUUUUAAACUGUUGUAAAAACAUCUGUACCAAAAUGAACAUAUCAGCAAAAAGUGCAGCGCUCGUCAGCCUCACGCUGUCCUGCCUAUGAAGCUCACGCGUCCCCGUGAGAAAGCUGACUUGUGUUUUCUACACAGACAUGCCUCAAUAAGUCAGGCACAGCAAACCUUCCAUGGAAACAGGCACCGCUAUCAAAACUGCUGCAGCCCCGCCAGUCUGUGUUAUGCCUACACGUUCUCCUACCGCCUCAACUUUAUGGCUGGAAACGGCUCCCUGCAUGCGUAGUGCCAUCCCGUCAGACCCCUCAUCACGCGAGCGUCGUUUCACCGACACGUCGUCCAACUCUCACCCAGCAAAUCCACUAUAUGCAUGCUAACAACUCUGCCCUGAAAGCCCGGAGUGAUUUCUGAGGCGGUGUGGCAGGUGUACAUUUAUGAAUGGCAGGGCUUGUCCCUUGGUCUUCAAGGCGGCCGUCUCGCUUUUAACGCUUGUGGAGAAUCAGCUCUGCCACAUCCCAGAGAAAGAAAAACACCCCUUAUGUAGAUUGAUUUUCCUCAAAACACCACGUUGUUACAAAAAUAAAACCCCUUUUUAGAGAUGUUAAGUAAAGUUGACAGUUUGAAUGCCACAGAUCAGCAGCUCUUUUACUUUCACCAUUAAAAGAAAACAAACAAAAAAAAACUUGGAUAAUUGCUGUUGAGCAGCUUUUUGUGGUAACUAUCCAUAUUUUGUUUUUAUAUACAUAUAUAGCUAUAUAUAAAGUACAUUUCUGACUUGUAGUGUAACUAUCUUGCAAAACAAAAACCGAAUGGCUCACCCUCAGCAGGUUUCAUGACUAACUUUUUAAAUCCAUUAUCUGCACAUUUACCUCAGGGUCGACAUCCGUGGAGCAGAAAUGGGACCGUUUAUAGAUUCUGUUGUAACAUGAGUUGCUGCACACAAAAUGUCCGCCAGUCUCCCGUGGUGUUCCUGCGUGCUUAGUGCUCACUGCUGGUCAGUGUCGGACCACACUGGAAACACAGGAACGCCUCUGUAUGGGCCCAUCUCCUGCCUAUUCUGUCUGCGUCGCAUCCAACAGCCCUGCUACAUACAGUAUGCCUUAGUAAGCACUGGGCACUCUGGACGCUGUUUUCAGUGAGACGAAACGCCCCUUUAAAAACUCUGACCGUCAGCGUCGUGGACUUACAUGACAGUAGGCAACAGGAAGCCCGUACCGUCUGACCGUAGACUGAGUGUGACAGUGUAGACGUCCGAGUCUAUCCAUCCAUUCAGACUGCACCGACGACAUUCAGGAGUGUCUCAUAACUUUCAUCCUCACUGUACCAAAUCUACUUGAAUAACUCAACACAAUAGGCCAUUGAACACAAUUUUGUAUUUGUCCAUAUUUUUUUUUUUUACUGUACUUGCUUUUGUUAUCAAAUAAUUAACCUCUUUGGGGAAAUAUAUAUAGUUUGUUCUUGUGUUAAAUAUUUCUCUCUUGAUUUACCAUUGUCUUCAGGUCAUUUCAGCAUUUUAUUUUUCGUUUUUAUCACAGCAUUAAGGUGGACUGUUCUUUAUCCCGUGCUGUUAAAAGGCACCGGUUUUGCUUAAAUACAGUAACAACAUUUUCACCCCUUUAACCAGAAAACACUUUAACGCUCUUUUGAUGUCAGGAUGCUGGUUCUUCUCGUAAACCUGCCAUCCACAGUGUCAGAAACUUAAAGGAGUGUGUGGCGAUCAUGAUAAGAAAAGGGAACUUCCUGACCUCUAUGUACAUUUGAGUUCAUUUUUUAUUUUCCUUUUAGAUUAUUUUUCAAGGGUUUCCACAAGGAUAGAGACCACAACAUUGUGAGUUAGCAAUGUAGUCAUGAUGAUUUUAGGUAUUUCUGUUUUUGCUUCAGAUAAAAUGUUGUUGUUGUUUUUUUGAACCAUACCUCUCGAAAAUAUUCGACUUGUGUUGUACCUUCAUAUCUUUUUUUUAAGCAUCCAUCGUGUAGCUUACAUUGGCUUAAUGACUAGCACAAAUAACUAUUUGUCCCUACUUGAAUGAAGAAGGAAAGACUUUUUCUGUAAACAAACAAACAAAAGUAACAACAACAGGAAAACAAAAACACUGGGUUGCAUUUUUAUAAACUCACCCCAUGUUGUCAGGGUCCUGCACAUCUUUUUAGAUUCUGGGGGGGAAAAAAAAGAAAAACCAUAUAUUUUUAUUUUAUGUUCCAAAACUAUUUAAACCAUAUUUCCCUACUGAGCUCCACAUUUCUGUUUCAGUUCAAAUAGUUACUCUGUUGGGAAUGAUGUCGAAUCUGAAUGGGUUUGAUCCUAUUUCAGCAUUUUUCAAACAACUUACUGAUUGUACUGUUUCAACAUCUGUCGAGAGAGAGAAAAGGACGAAGGAAAAGUGGAAAAACAACAUGAUACACGUGUACCAGUCCAUCUUUUCUCCUUAAAUUGUAAAAAAAAAAGAAAAUAAAAACAAGAAUAAUACAGUAGAGAGAAGUGAUUGUUGCCUAGUAUGUAAAGAACUAACAUUUAUAUUAUUUAAGAGGUUGAUAUUAAUGACAUGAAUAUAUCAGUGAUGAGACUCAUCUCAGCUCAAAUCUUUGUGACUGAUCACAAUGUAAAAGCAUGAUUGCUGCAAUUGUGUGCCAAAACCAUAAUGGUAGCUUCAUAAAGAUGAUACAGAUGUUUAGGAUAACAAAAAAAACAAAUCUAGCUAUUAUCAGACAUUUAAUAAACGUGUACAGUUUUAUACAGUGUGACAUGUAUUUUUUUUCUUAUGUUGUGUACAGAAUUUAUUGAAGCCACUCUGCAUAUUUCAUGUGCAGCGGCUCUAAGUUAAAUAGCUCUUUCUGACUGUGUUGAUUUGUUUUUAUUUGGUUGUUGUUAUUUAAUUUUCCUUCUGUUUCUUUGCUGUACACUACUCAAGUGAUGUAAAAAAAAAAAAAAAGAAAAAAAAAGCUUAUUACUGGUAUUUUUCUUUUUUUCUUUUUGGACUUUAACGACUUUAAUGAUAACGAACGCCCAACCAUUCCAAAGGAUUGAACAAUUGCAUUUGUUAUACAUGUGCUGCUUACAUCAAACUGAUGCUUCUUUGUAGGUAAUGAAUAGAAGUUUGUCUCGACUGUGAGGUUUUACACGUCUGUGAGUUGUGCACAAGGUACGUCUCUCGUUGUCGACAUUUCCCAGGUUUAUUCUCUCCUUUCUUCUCCGCGGGCUCUUUGUGCAGGCUAAGCCAAGUCAAACCAACACCACACAUGCAAUAUUUUUUAAAGAUUUACGGACGUACAGAGCAUGUCCUCCCUCAUGACAAAGGCCCGAAGGUGGGAAUAAUGUUUAAAAGCAGCCAUUUAAGCACUGGAUGGUUGAGCCCUGAGCUCCUGAGUACUCCCAGCUCACCAGCGGCUCCACAGUCACGAGUUGUUACCAAAGGCUUUGAAGGGAAAAUGAAUGUUGCGGUAAUGUUGAGCCAAAUCCGGUUUGAAAGCCUGGCUUCAACUUUACACGCUGUAAGUGUUGAUCGGUGGAUGUUGUGCUUGGUAUGGACCUUUUUUCUACAAGAAAAAAAAAACAAAAACAUUUUAUUAAUACAGGAGCAGAAGGAAACGAGUAAAAGACGAGAAACUAAAGAGACUGAGUGAUAUUCGUCAGUGCCCUUAAACUGACCGUGUGCUCUCGCUCAACUGCCACAAGUGACACUGUGCUGAGUUGGCUCUUGAAAAGAAUCCCAACAAAAGUCUUUUACUCAAGUGAUUUUACCCCUGAAAGGAUGUUUUUUUCUCUUCUGUUUCACAUUAUGUAGCACACAGUGCUGUCAGUGACCUCUCUCUGAUUACAAAGGGCCUUUUGGUUCUGUUUCCUGUGCUGUUUGUCUUCAGUGUACCUCCCUACAGUGUACCGUUGCUCUCUCGACACCUCCGUGUGUUUCUCCUCUGCCCAUCACCAUCAGUUGCCUGUUGUAGUGACUCCAUGGUGCUGCUCUCCCUCUCAGCACCAGUAAAAUCUAAUCUGUAAAUAUCUCUUGACUCAGCUAUGGCCAGUACAUUCUUCUAUGACCUCACUCUAACCUUCAGGUGUCAUUUUGUUUUUCUCUCACAGCAAACCAAAAUCACUGCAUUCAAGUAUUACAGUUGUACAGUUGCUUGGAUUCCACACAACUUUUCAUGUGCUGGUCUAUAGCUGCUUUGCUGUUCUUUUUUAUGGCAUUACUUUUUUUACAUGUUAGAAAAUAUAUUGUGACCAUGUCCUAUGCAAAUAUGAAAAAUAACAGAUGGUUGAAUAAUGUAUGUUGUCAUAACUUGUAUGCAUGAAAUAGUGAAGUUUACAUUUGGAAAUAAAUUCAUAAAAUAAGCAGCAAA